UUAGUUUGGAUUCGCGGGCGCGAGAUGUUAUUACUUCCCGCGCUUUUCCACACUGAGCCCUUAAAUUCUUUCGAGUGCGUCAAUGUUUAUGAUAGUUUUCACGAUUCACUACUACUGUAGUGUCGUGUCUGGAUGUUUUAACAAUUAGUGAAUUAUUUCUGCAAGACUUAAAAAUGUCAAAUGGGGAAGGCCUUCUGAUGUGUAAUUAUAAAAUGUGUCGAAAAAAGCUAUCAGGCUAUGCGUGGGUUACUGCUUGCUCUCACAUCUUUUGUGACAAGCAUGGGACGGGUAAAUUCAGUCAUUUUCCGUCCGUUUGUCCUGCGUGUAAUAACACUUUGUGUGGGAAACUGGAUAUUAUUCGCACCGAACUAAAUCCAGCGGAAGAGUAUAAGGCGAUAGUGUUAGCAGGUUUGGCUCCUGAAACCGUGCUGGACAUAAGUUCCAGGGCUCUGGCCUUCUGGACGUAUCAGAUUGACCAAGAAAGCCUAUUCCAAGAGUAUGCAUAUAGUAAGGCUGAGGCUCGUCUGAAGCAGAUGGAGAAGCUAUACACUCAGAUUCAGGAAAAGGACAUGGAGAUGACUGUAGUGAAAAGUGAGGUAAAUUCUCUAAGGAAGGUUCUAGAAGAGUACAAAAAUAAGUACAGUGAGAUCUCUGAGAAGCUGAUGCAGCGAAACAGGCAGUACCAGAAGUUGCAGAGCCUUUUGGAUAACCUACGGAUUUGCAACAUUGCUGUUGGUGAACCAGAAGUCAUGCCAGAUUCCUCAGUGAUGCAUCAACCAUCCAUAUUUGGGCUGUCAGCUGGAAGUGCACCCAAGAUUCCCAAAACUGACCAGACUGCACUGAGGAGCAGAUCUGCAGAAGGAGAUUUUCAUCUCAAGCCUUCCUUGUUCGGAUCCCCUGUAGCUGAAUCUGGAAACAGUUUCUUUACUUUUGCAUCUCCUGCUUGCAGUCAGGAGCAACACCAUAUGGCCAACAGAGUCUCCAAAGUAAAGAAAGUAUAAUGAAUGAAUAAAAAUAUUAGCAAGAAGGGGUGCACAGUUCAUGUUUAACAGUUACGUAUGACAAAAAAAUCAUUCACAUUAGUAAUUUAAGAGUUGAGAUACACAUGUAUGUCCACUUACAACGGUUGUACAUUUUCCUUGCAGUAAGACUCAGUUUAAAUGUAAACUUGGCAGAAAGUGAAUGGAUGGCAAAAAUGUUAGAUGCAUUUUCAAGGUUUUUGCAAUAGUUGUGGGUAACCUUUCUCUCCUACAGAGUGCCAGCUGUUUUUUUUCUUUUCUAUCUGUUUUAGUUGUUUAUCUCAUGUUCAUUAACUUUUCCUGUAUACUAUUUCAUCAUUCUUGAAAAUGGAACUUAGAAAGAUUAUUUUUAAUAAACUAAGCCGUGUUCGUAAGAA